AUUUCCGCAGGGCUCGGCUACGUCUCCCCCAGCCGCACCGUGCGCCCGGGACGCCGGGGAAGGAUUGGCAGGACGCAGGAGGGAGGUCGAGGCAGAGGCAUGGCGAGGUUUCCGAGGGCCGACCUGGCCGCUGCAGGAGUUGUGUUACUUUGUCACUUUUUAACCGACGGCUUUCAGUUCGCCGAAGGGAAGCCUGGAAACCGAGUCAAAGAGUGGAGGUAUGAAGUGGCUCAGGCCUCCUCUCCAACAGAAGAGGACGUGGAAGUGGAUUCACACGUGUACGGCCACAGGUGGAAAAGGAGUUUGGAGACUCUUAAGGCAGUGGACACAAACCGAGCCAGCAUGGGCCAAGACUCUCCAGAUCCCAGAGGCUUCACCGACCUGGUGCUGGAUGAUGGGCAGGACAACGCCACCCAGAUCGAGGAGGAUACAGAUCACAAUUAUUACAUAUCUCGGAUAUAUGGGCCAUCUGAUUCUGCCAGCCGGGAUUUGUGGGUGAAUAUUGACCAAAUGGAAAAGGACAAAGUGAAGAUUCAUGGAAUAUUGUCCAAUACUCAUCGGCAAGCUGCAAGAGUGAAUCUGUCCUUCGAUUUUCCAUUUUAUGGCCAUUUCCUUCGUGAAAUCACUGUGGCUACUGGGGGUUUCAUAUACACUGGAGAAGUUGUGCAUCGAAUGUUAACAGCCACACAGUACAUUGCACCUCUAAUGGCAAAUUUUGAUCCCAGCGUAUCCAGAAAUUCAACAGUCAGAUACUUUGAUAAUGGGACAGCCCUGGUUGUCCAGUGGGACCAUGUACAUCUCCAGGAUAAUUACAACUUGGGAAGCUUUACAUUCCAGGCAACUCUCCUUAUAGACGGACGCAUCAUCUUCGGAUACAAAGAAAUUCCUGUCUUGGUCACAGAGAUAAGUUCAACCAAUCAUCCAGUGAAAGUGGGGCUGUCUGAUGCAUUUGUCGUUGUCCACAGGAUCCAACAAAUUCCCAAUGUUCGAAGAAGAACAAUUUAUGAAUACCACCGAGUAGAGCUACAGAUGUCAAAAAUUACCAACAUUUCUGCUGUGGAGAUGACCCCAUUACCUACUUGUCUCCAGUUCAACAGUUGUGGCCCUUGUGUGUCCUCUCAGAUUGGCUUCAACUGCAGCUGGUGUAGUAAACUUCAAAGAUGUUCCAGUGGAUUUGAUCGCCAUCGGCAGGAUUGGGUGGACAGUGGAUGCCCUGAAGAGUCAAAAGAGAAGAUGUGCGAGAACACAGAGUCAGUGGGAACUUCUCAAACCACCACAACCACCCACGUGACAACCACACAAUUCAGGGUCCUCACCACCACGAGAAGAGCAGCGACAUCCCAGCUGCCCACCAGUCUGCCCACAGAAGAUGAUACCAAGAUAGCACUACAUCUAAAAGAUAAUGGAGCCUCAACAGAUGACAGUGCAGCUGAGAAGAAAGGGGGGACCCUCCACGCUGGGCUCAUUGUUGGAAUCCUUAUCCUGAUCCUCAUUGUAGCAGCAGCUAUUCUGGUGACAGUCUACAUGUAUCACCAUCCAACGUCAGCAGCCAGCAUCUUCUUCAUUGAGAGACGCCCAAGCAGAUGGCCUGCAAUGAAGUUUCGAAGAGGUUCUGGACACCCUGCCUAUGCUGAAGUUGAACCAGUUGGAGAGAAAGAAGGUUUUAUUGUAUCAGAGCAGUGCUAAAAUUUCUAGGACAGAAUAGCACCAGUACUGGCUUACAGGUGUUAAGACUAAACUUUUGCCUAUAUCUUUAAGACACACACACACACACACACACACACACACACACACACACACGAGCCCCAAGCUGCUGUAGCCUGAAGAAGACAAGAUUUCUGGACAAGCCCAGCCCAGGAAGGGUAGAAGAAAAACUAAACCUUAAACAAGAUGCCAUUUACACUGAACAUAGAAUACUCUAGCGGGAUGGCAUCUGCAGUUCCCUCGGAACAUCUCUUGUGGACUUACCAGAAUGUGACAAGAUUGCAGUGCUUUCUGGCUUAGGUGCAGGGUUGAAAAGGGAUUGAGAAAAAUAAAUAAUAAUAAAGCUUUAGUUCACAGGGGAUCUACAGCUUUGGUUCAAACGUUCUUAUCUGAUGUCUCAAAGAUAUCCGUGUUCCCAAGCGGGAACCCUUUUCCUCGAAAGAACGGUGAUGAAUGUUUCCUGUGUGCUGAGAAGCGUAGCUCAUGUGGAGGCAAAACAAAACUCAAAACGAGAAACUUUUUGUCGUUUCCAAACAGAAGUGUGGCAAAAGGGUUUUGUUUUCCUGCUCUUGGUUCAUCUAUUCUGCCAAAUUCAUUACUUUAUGGGCUGAAUCUUUCCUCUGUACAUGAAGUUCAAACUAUGCCUGCCUCUUCCCGGGCAAUGAAUGCCUUUUCUAUGAGCUGUGACAUUUCCUGACUUUUAGCUAAGGAUUGGGAAGCGGGGAGUAGUCAGUGAGGCUUUCCAUUCCCCUGCCUCAGAAUAAAAGCUCUGUAUGGUUUUCAGAAGCAUUGCUUCCAUUUCCCCAGUGGGAAGUCCCAUGAAGCCACAGUUGCUCUUGGCUGAUGGAAACAAACGGAACUAAUACAAAGAAUUCCUUGAUUAUUUUUUGAGCCAAAUAGUAAAGGAUUUUCAUAUGGGGUUUUUCAAGUUUUUGCCAUUUCAGUACGAAAAGCCCAUUUCAUUGACGAUUCCUCUCUAAGAAGCCAUCCAAGUCAGUGUAUCCCUGGUGAUAAAAGAAUGAAUGGACCCUGCUGAAUCAUACAGUGAUUUUCUUUAAAGCACAUAGUAGUUACAUAAAUCUCUCUAUAUAUAUAAAUAUAUUUUUGUUUAUAACUAACACAAGGCAGGCUCUUGUGACUCUAAGAGUGCAUUUUGUCAUCUAGACAAAACAAAUGCAAGAUGCAUCUCUGCAUUACUCCCAUAGAGUUGUAAAAUAAUCCUUAAUAUUAGAAUAUUUUUAUGUCACUUAGCAAAAUGGUUAAAUUCAUUGCAAUGCCAUCAUUUUCCUGCCUAUUUGAUCCACUCCUUAGUGCAUAUCAACCCCUUCCCUCCCUGUCAAAAUGAAGUAGAUGCAACAAGCUCCUUAGAUGGAGCUGCCAUUUGCCCCGUAACCACAACCCAGAUUUUGAAAAUUCCCCAUGAGUGAAGAAAGGAAAGGCAUUGUUUGAGGAGGAAAGUAGUUAAUAUGUGUACUAAGCUCCUAAAGUUUAAAUUCAGGUACUAUGUAUACAAUUUCAUCAACAUCUUGACCCAUGGAACUUUUCUGUUCUGUGCCAUAUUGGUUCUUGUAAGACACAGUGUUCAACGUUUGCAGAUUCAAGUCUCAAACUACAGUCGUGUCUCCAAAGUAACAUUUUACUAACAGCUUGGCAUCUGCACACAAUGUCUGCAUUGGACGGCAUCGAUCCACUAACAAAGCACCACACAUGAUCAUCACAGGGGCCCGACAUAAGCGAGUGCUGUUUUCUGUCAACAUAUAUUUUGCUUUACAUUUUUAAGUAUCUGGUGAGAGUGGUAACCUUUCUUAACUGUUCAGUUAAUGGCAAAAAAAAAAAUAAUUGAAAAUCAAAGUGAUUUAAGGUUGUAAUGACAAUCUCUCUGCCAUAGCUACAUUCAGUUUAUAUGAAAUAUCCCAACUUAUUCUUUGGAGUAGUUUUGGUCAGAUAGCAAUAACCAAAUGACUUGCCAAUAUAACUGGUGCAACUGGUAUUCUAAAUAUACAUAAGGAACAUAUAGACGACUUCCUCUUAGGAUAAAAUGAUGCUUCUUUUGUGAGCUUUUGUGGUAGGUGUGGCUUCCAACAGCAGUUGACUGACAGUUAUAUAAAUAUCUUGCAUCUAUAUCUGACUCCUUCCAUAUUUCAAAUAUUAACGUUAUCUUUACACCCUUCGUAGCUUAUCUUUCAUGUUAAAUUCAAAAGAACUGAUAAUUCUGUUCAGUGAAUCAAGCCGAGUUACUCAAUGAACCAAAGAACCAAUUAACAGGAAAAAACUAGAAGUACAAAGGCUCAUAGUGUGUGGAGAAACUGCCCAGGAGAAUUCAAAAUUAAAAGCAAUGAGAAGUAUCUGCUGUAUGUGAGUCCUCUAAGUAACAAGGAGAAAAGUUUGCUAAAUCACUUUCUUUCAUGACAGUAUCAUUCUGUUUUUCACUCUACUUCUCAUUUGCUGGAAAGGAAGGGUAAACACAGUUUCUGGAAAUUUCAUAAUGGACAUCACAGCUUUGAAAUAUGUAUAUGUAAAUAUGUAUAGUAUUAGAGAGAAUGUAUGUGCACAUUACUCAAUAUGCCAUAAACAUAGAGAAUAAUAACAAUCUAAAAAUAAGAACAACAAAGGAACAAAACAAACUUACCUGGAGAAAUCAGGUAAAUGGUGCUAUAAAGGAAUUUAGUUGUUUCAUCCUAAUUUAUAAAAAAAUGAUAAUCAGCAAUUAGAUAAAGUUAUUCAAAAUCAUGACAAAUAUCUGAAGCCAACUAGAUGUCAUUCAUCAUAAUGAUGGUUUGUUGUGAAGGGUUUGGACCUUAGGAUAUACUUACAAAUACAAAAUAAGUAAUAAAGUACCUUUGACCACAAUUAUUAUUUUGGCUGGAGAUACCCAGGCUCAUCUCUUACAUGGAUUAUCUAGGGCUCUGUUAUCCAACCUUGUACCCACUAGCCACAUAUAGGUAGUAAUAUUAAAAUUAAUUUAAAUUAAAUACAAUUUAAGUAACCAAUAGUCUCAAGUGGCUGAUGACUGCCAUCUUGGUUGAACAACACAAGACACUCUUGUCACUGCAGAAAAUUCUUUUGGAAUGUAUUAUCGAAAUGUUUCUUUUAGUUCUCUGUCCUUAAGGAAAACAAGAGGAGAAAAAAGAGAGAACUCGGUAGCCCAUAUACAUGCCCAAGCAUUUGUUUAUCUUAGAAAGACUGCGUAGCAUAACAAAAAGAAUAUGAGCUGACAACAUUUUGUGUCUUCACUAUGUUAUUUUGGAAAAAUCACUUCAACCUCAUUCAGUGUCAACUGCAAUUUUGGAAAAUUAAAUAUUUUUGUCUUAUUUGCCUUGCCAGAUUACUGUGCAGAUUGACUAAAUGUAUAGCUGUAUAGUCUUUUGAGGCCUUAUAUCAAUGUAGUCCAUAUAAGCUCAUCCUUUGGUCCGGUGGCAUUGCAAAUUUGCAAUCAAAGGGAGAAUAGUCCAUAAAUGAAAAAAGCAAAGAUAAUUCAGUACAUUUCUUCAGCAAAUGUCAAAGGAGAAUUCGUUGAAACACAUACACACAGGAGAAUUGCUUUAAUUCCUUUUUUGCCCAUCUAAACAUUUCUUCUAAUAUUACAGAGGAAAUAUAAUGUCCCUAGUAUCUAUUGCUUGUAAAGCUAAAAGUUUUCUGGUAUUCAUUCUUGACUCAGACAUUUUAACUCUAUCAUAAGAAAUUAAUAUCUAUGACUACUUGAAAAAUAGAUCCUGUUGAUAUAUUUUCUCCCUCCUAUGAAAAGUUCUUUUACUUUGUAUUUCCUCAGGAACUUUCCUCUGGAAAGACUCUACAAUAUGCUCCACUAAUUCCAAAAAAUUUCCCUUGCUUUUACUUCCCUGUCCUCACCCUCAGUUCUAGCAUCAGCAUCUAUAUGCCAAAGUCAUGGGAAGUCAUUUCCCACAACCUGUGGUAGGGAUAAGACCACCAAGGCUUGAAGAGAUAUAGUAAUUCCUUAGUGUAAGAAUGAGGUCUUGAACUCCAUGCUCCUCGUUGCUCAUUUUUACUCCAACUCUUACUGCCUACAUCCUUUUGUCAGCAAUUAAGACCAACCAACACAGUCCCUCUCCAAACUAACUCUGUUCACUCCGUGAAUUAUCUGCUCUAAUCUGUCACAGGACACCCUAUCAUGCUGCUGUCUUAAGACUGCUGCUACCCCUGUAACCACCAGCAAAUUUAAGUUCUAGCUACUGCAAGAUCUUCACUUGGUUUGGCAUGUUCCCUCCCCCACCUCCUUAUCUGCGGCCCUCCAAGUUUGCACCACUGCUUAUCCUUGCCAUUUAAAAUUUGCCUUUGUUUCACGUCUUCCCAAAUGUACUUGAAAACUAAUACGCUCAUUCAAUCACACUUUUGAGUAGUUCUUUAAGCCAUUAGGACGUUAUUGCCCUAAGAGGUUCUUGAGAGCAGUUACGGAGAGGUCAGUGGUAUUACCUAUUAUACACUCACAUUACCUUGUGUUUAUAAAGCACUUUACAUUUUACAGCGCACUUUGAUCCAUCCUCUUCUGUUCACUCAAUGACUACUUCACUUAACUAUGUACUGAGCACCUACUAGGACCAAGUUACUGCGCUACAUCUUGUAUUCAGUGACAAUUACAAAUAGCGAGAGAAUCCAGCUAUGUAAACUGAUUUUUAAAACACAAUGAAAUUGUCAAACGCAACUUUGCAAGUACAAAGGAUCUGUAUUACGCUAAAUUUUCCACUUCAAAAAUGCUAAAGUAUUUGUUCUGGACAAUGUUUAUGAAAUAUAACACACCAUGGCACCUGUGUGCCAUUUGCUGUAUUUCAAAAGAUCUGUUGAUUUCAAGUAUAAGAAAAAAAAGUUACUCAAAGGCGUCCCUGAUGCAGAAAACUUUCAAGUUCACUUGCCUUCUUUCUAAGCAGGUGCAGUAGUUGAAGUUUUACUUUCCUGCACCAGUAUUCUUUCUGUGGAUUUUGAGUAGUGAGCCUCACUAUUUUAAGGCCCUCAGAAGCACCAGUUUAUCAAAGAAGCAUUUGCACUUUAGGUGUGUAUGAUUGUUAACAUCAUUUAUCAGACCAUCUCAGGUUUUCUCAAACAGCACUAUUGACAUUUUUGGCCUGAUAAUUCUUUGUUUGGAGUGGAGGAAGUGGUUCUCUAUACUGUAGCAGAUUUGGUAGCUUUUAUGGCUUUCAUUGACUGGACAGUAGCACACAUAUCCUCUCUUGUUCUGACAACUGAAGAAGUCUUCAGACACUGCCAACGUCCCUUUGAAUGGAAAGGAUAGGAGAGGUUGACCAAACCCACCGCUGGAUAAAACCACUAUGCCAAAAGGAGCCAAAAGAAUUUUUCAUUCUGUUGUCAUUUAAUUGUCACGAUAGGUAGCUUUUUGUAUAACAAGACUUGAAAUUAUAAACUCUUAGAAUUAUUAGAAGAGACUGCAAAGCCCGUACACAACCACAACCCCAAAUCAUCUUUACCUAUAUGUUGAUUUCUCCACCUACAAAUUUAUGGACAGGAGAGUGGAAGAUUGAUUGUCUCUAGGAACUUAGAAAUUGGCUUUUGCAUAUUUAGGGAUGAGGCCUUUUGGUAAUUCUGCUUUGCUACUACACUCACCCUGGCAGCAGUUUGUGCAUCCUUUGCUGGGACUCGACACUAAAGUCACACAGCUUCAGCAUCUCAGAUUUGCUUUGGGGAGUUAUGUUUGCCAUUGCACACAUUAUAAAAUUUUGUUUCUUAGUCUUUGCCUCACUGUACAUAGAAGUUGAAGCUGAGUACAUCUAAUUUUAAGUCUUCCUGAAUGCUGUAUUUGUAUCUUUAAUUCUUGCAAUUUUUCUUAUUCACAUCACCAGAAUAUUCUCUUUUAUGAUCCAGUCAGUUUUGCGCUUAAAGCAGUUGUGGUAAUACUGAUUUAUUUCAUUGUUUUUCUAUGGGAAAAAAAUUGACUAUCCUAAGUAACUGAAAAUUGUAAUGCAGAGUUGGAAUACUUAAACUACCAAGCCAAAGUACAUACUCAUUUGAUGUGCCUUAUGUCAGUUUUCCUGUAGGGCCGGUGAUUUCUUAUGGAUAACUCUGAAUCCAAUUAGUUUGUACUUGGGUCUGUUUUUUUGCACUGAUUGAAAAACCUUAUGAAGUUAAUCAAAGACAGCCCCUUAAAAAUAUCCCCAAAUCAACAGCAAACUCCCAACUGGAAUAUCAGGCCUCCAUUUAUUCCUUUGCUAAGACCAACUCAGAUUUUAAAAGCAUUCAUAAUUAUUUACUACAAAUUUACUAAUAUGGAUACAAAUUGAAAACAUUAAUCACAAAGUCUGUGACUAUAGCAUAUUACAAAGUACACCCAGGGAAAGUUCUUGUAAGACAGUCAUGGAAAUCAGAAAAGUUCAACUGAGGAGACCCCCCACAUGUUUGUAUAAUUUUCUACUCUACUCACUCUCACAUCAACCUAUUUGGUAUUAUGUCUUAAAGUUUUAAGUAAGCUGAUCCUUUAGAUGCAUCUUUGGAUUGGAUCUGCCUAAUUAUUGCCUGGAAUAAUUUUUAUGCCAUCCAGGGCCCAUUGCUCUUCAAAUGGUUGUUACAGAGAAGCAAAAUGGUAACUCUUAAAGUAAAAGCACAUAAUUUCUUAAGUCUGAUUUUCCAUUGUAAGUUGAUAGAACACAUUAUCAUUGGCUUCUUAAUAGAUUUUUAUAAGUAAUCAAAGAAUGACCAGAAAAGUAAACUGCUCAAAACUUAUUAUUUUAUAUCAGUUUCUAGUUAAUUCUUCACAAUGAAAGAUUCUAUGUUAGUUUUUUACCAGAAUAAAAGGCUGGAAAAAAUUAAGUGCCAACCACAAGCUGGUUCCCAUCUUUAUCUGACUUAUAAUUUUACUAACAUUUAAGAAUUACUCAAGUUUUUUUCUCCUGGUAGAAUAAAGUUUAAAAAAAAUAACUUGUCAGAUAGUGAUUUUACAUUCACUUUUAUUCUAGUUUAAAAAUUUCAAUGACUUCCAUCUGUCCCUCCAAGAUUUGGAUUUUUAACAACAGUCUCUCUUUUACUUGGCAUUAAAAAUACAUAUAUUCAUGACUUCACUAAAGUAUCAGAACUGAUCACACAGCUGUAAACUUUUCAUACCUGUCAAAUAAAUCCAUAGCAUGAACUAAUCUUAGAAGUUUGAUGUAUUGCAGGUGAUGUAAACAUAGUGGUGGGUGAAAAAGUUGAUUUGUUGAAAAAAUAAAGCACUAAAUGUACUAUUGGGUAGAGUUUUUAACUUCUUCAGAAUAUUCAGUGAGGAUCAGCUCAGAUUUAGGUUGCUUGGACACGCAAGUACUGGAGCACAGGUUCUCCAAAAGAUGCUAAGAGACACGUGACAUGUGGCACAGCAUGUGUCCAAUUAGUCUAUAACAAAAAAAAAAAAAUAGUCUAUAACCCAGCCACUCCACCUCUUCUAUGAAACCAGUCUUGAUGCCACUGAGGCCCUUAAUCUAGAGAUCUGGGUUACUUAUUAUUUUCAAAAAGAAACUUACCAUUUAUUUCCCUUUAACUUAAAAAAGGCAUUAUCAUAUUCUUUGGUUUCCUUUACCAGAGACCACGAGCCAACCAACCCCAAAAAGGCAACAAAAUAAAAUAAAAUAAGAUUAAUUUUCCCAAGGGAUAGAUAAGAAAGAACACUUUCAUCUGUCAGCCCAGAGCUGCAUCUCUGUGAAGUUUGAUGAUCUCAGGAUCCGGGCCACAGCGCCAUUGUCUAGACAUUGCGGUGGUGUCUGCACAGCCGUUUGUAAAAUGGUUUGAACAAAAACAUGCUCAGAUUGUCAUAUUCGGAGCAGGAGGUAAAAAAAAAUCAAAUGUCUUCCAUACUCCUCUGAAAAGAACAUUAAGAGAAAUCAAAGCUUCUCCUUGCCAAGAAAUGUUAAAAUCAUUUUAGGAAAAUCAAUUAAGUGUCUGUAGACACAGACAUCUAUCUUGUGUACACUGUAACUCGGUCUUUCUCGGCGUCCUCGCCUAGAAGUGGCGGGAGUCUUUUCAUUGGCUGGUCAAAACAAGUAUCUCAUUUGCCUGAUUUGAGGCAUUUGGACAGCGCCUGGGAAGUACAUUAAUUCCACUAGAAAAAAGAGACAGUCUUUUUCGCAUGCCAGCCGAGAUCAUGGGAACUUCAAAUGCCAAGAAUGUAGUGCUGUUUCUGGUAAUUCUGCUUGCAGUCAUUUCAGAUGUUGGAGGCUGAAAAAGCUGAGCAACCAGGGAGGUGUUGGGGGGAGGGGUGCCGUCCCUGCUUUCUGCCAGUUGCACUAUUGCACAGAAUAUUCGUAAUGUGUUUGGAAGUGCAUAUAAUUGUACUCUUUGUCAGAAUUACAAAGCUCACUGUGGCGCUGCUCUAAGAGAACACUGAGGAAAAUCUGACCCUAUAAAACGCAGUCAACACCAAACAAAAGGAAAGCUUGUGUGGUGGAGCACAGUCCUUUUCUCACUAUUUCUGAAAGCUCUAUCUACCCAACCAAGGACGUGUCUGUCUUUCCGGUGAAGGUUAAUUUUGUAAAAGUUUUUCCAAAACUUCUUUAAUACAAGGCUUGGAAAACUGAGCAUUCUGAAUUUCUUCCAGUCCUCUGGGCAUCACUCCUGUUCCCUCUGCUGUGUCAGCGAGGCAUUCCAAGGCUGCCUUCUGUCAUCUCAACACACACAUACUUCACAGUGACCUUACAUCAGGUGGACCUGAGCUUGCAAAUGUAAAAGCAAUUGUAUGUGCAUGUACACUGAUGGUGUGGGAGAAUAAAAGCUGUGUACCCUCGAUUGGAACCUUUCAUUCAAAUUCAGCAAUUCAGAUGUACAUACUUCUGUAGUAUGAUUAGUAUUUUCACUGAAAGUUUGAUGAUCUAAGCUUGAAUAUAUUUCCUCGCAGUCCAUUAAUUGGCCUUUUAUCCUUUACCUGGGGAUCAUUAUGGCUGCAAUAAUUCAUUCAUGUUUUCUUCACAUAGCUUCUUUAAGGUUUUCUGCAGUGACUCAGGUUCUGCCUUCUGUGUGUGGGAGAUCUUUCUUCUUUUCUGCUUCCUAAUAAUUAUUUGAUGAGAAAUCCAGUGUAUUGACUGUCACCGAGACACAAUACAUGUCUUAAGGUGUGGAGAGGGGUGGUGACCAAAUGUUACCUGUUUUCCUGCUGUUGAUUGCUACUUUCAAAUUAAAUCAUGCUUUUUCACUUUCAGUUGGAGUCAACAAAUUUGGGAUAUUUGAAGGGGGAAAAGGGAGCUAUUUGUGUAACAGCGCUGUCAUAUUUGGCUACAUAUUAAACAUAAUAAAUGAGCAUUUUGUUUUAAUUUCUCAA